GGUGAGAGCAGGAGUAUAACUGAAACUGAUAAACACUAGCACUACUGUUCGUGUGUUUCCAUCAUGGAACACUGUAGGCGGAACCUUCGGACCCGGACCAGUUCCACCCGGGCCGCAUUAGGGUGUCGGUUUCCUCCUCAGACCAAACACGGACCAGUUUUGCUAAGUCGGAGCAAAACUGAAUCUGGAACCUUUUCACAUGGUCUUGGUGACUUAGUUUGUUUUUGGUCAGAUCCCAGUGUCAGAUGGGUGUCCUGGUUCUGCUUCUGCUGCACACUUGGAUGGGAUUUACGGACUGUGACGUCAAAGGCCGGCUUGUCCUGAACAGAAGAAGCUAAAGGUGGAUUUGAACUGAAACCUAAAAGUCAUAUCUGGAGGAAGACCAAGAUCACCUGAUUCUAGCAAACAUGGAUGGAAGACCCACCUGUGAUCAGUGUGGAAAGACUUUCACCAAAAUGAAUGGGCUGAAGAAACACCAACGCGUCCACACUGGAGAAAAACCAUACAGCUGUGACCAGUGUGAGAAGAGUUUUUUCACCUCAAGUGUCUUAAAAGACCACCAACGCACCCACACUGGAGAAAGACCAUAUGACUGUGACAAGUGUGAGAAGACUUUCACCACAGCAGGUCAAUUAAAAAUCCACCAACGCAUCCACACUGGGGAAAGACCAUAUGGCUGCGAACAGUGUGGGAAGACUUUCACCAUAGCAAGUAAUUUAACAAAACACCAACGCAUCCACACUGGAGAAAGACCAUUUAACUGUGACCAGUGUGGGAAGACUUUCACCACAGCAGGUCACUUAAAAAUCCACCGACGCAUCCACACUGGAGAAAGACCAUAUGACUGUUACCAGUGUGGGAAGACUUUCACCACAAUGAGUGGGCUUAAGGAACACUUAAACAUUCACAGUGGAGAAAGACCAUAUGAGUGUGACCAGUGUGGGAAGACUUUUACCAUAUCAAGUAAUUUAAAAAAACACCAACGCAGCCACACUGGAGAAAAACCAUAUGACUGUGACCAGUGUGGGAAGACUUUCACCACAACAAGUCACUUAAAAGACCAUCAACGGAUCCACAGUGGAGAAAGACCAUAUUACUGUGACCAGUGUGGGAAGACUUUCAACACAGCAAGUGGCUUAAAAAAGCACGAACGUAUUCACACUGGAGAAAGACCUUAUGGCUGUGACCAGUGUGGGAAGACUUUCAGAUUGUCGUCUGAUUUACAUUCUCACCACCGUGUUCGCCACAAGAAGUUGAUGUACCCCUGUGAUAGGUGCACAAAGAUAUUCUGGUCAUCUAUCUCUUACAAGUGUCACCAACGGACCCAUAUCGAAGAGAAUCCCAACCAGUCCAAAUUGAGUGAUAGCUCUCUUAUCACAGGUUCACAAUGCACCGAACAUGAACGUGUCAAACAUUUCCACAAAAGACAAAAACUGAACAGUCGUACAAAAAGUAAGACUCUAGACGAUCAGUGUCAUAACACAUCAGAACAGCUGGAGUGUUAUCGAAGUCCAAACAGAUUGUGGUCAUCCUCUGCUGUCUCACAUCAUCAGCACAGAUGUGAAUCAUCUACAUCUGGACCAAACAGUACCUCAGCAUCAGAUGAGAAGAAACACAGUGUGUCUGAACCAGCAGCACCCACUUCUUCUGACAAGAACAUCAGACUGAAAAACCUCCAGAUCAGGCUUCACAGGAUCCAGAUGUGAAGACAAACACCACAGUGAGCACUGUUUUGUUGUCUUCAGAGUACAGAAGUAUGUUCUAAUGCACCACUUUCACAAAACAGUGACAUCACAGAAGCUCCACCUACUACCAGGUGAAAAGUUCAACUAGUGGAGUUCAACAAGGACCUGGUUCAGAUACUACUUCUGAUAGACUUUGUGGACAUUGAAUCAGUCAGAGGUCGCCUUCACCGAAAAUACUCCAUCACUGACAGAUUUUUUUUGAAGAUGACGGAAGAUUCUGAUGGCCGUUCGUCAUUUUGACAGAUUUAAAUUCUGAGGGUAAUCUACCAAAGAAAGGUUUCACACAACACUGAACAGAACCUGGACCAGGAUCGCUGGUCUGUCUUUGUCUGAACAAGGCAUCAAACAGUCCAGAACAGCAUCCUGCCUUUGUAGAACCCUACGGCGUCCAUGUAGAACCCUACAGUGCCCCUAUUCAGGGUUCUCGCUACUUUUGUUGAAUGUUGGGGCCCCUGACGCUGUGAUUUGACCCGCUACACUGUCUUUCAACCAGCGUAGCUGUGGGGUUUUUUUUGUGUGUGUGUGA